GAGCCUGCAGAACUUCAGUGUUUUCCACUAAAAGGCAACAUUUUCACAUCUCCCUCAGAAAAUUCUUCACCAUUAGAAUGGCAUCAUCAUCAUCAUCAUCAUCAUUAUCAUUCAGUGUUUAUGUAGUACUAAUGAUCAUCAUGAUUUUCAUGCCUUCACCUAUUCUUUCAUCAUAUUCACAAUCAGAAACUAUUCCUGAAAUUCCAACACUUUCCACUUCUUCACCAACAACAAAAACAAAUCCUUCUCCAUCUACACUUUUUCCUUCCCAAGUGUUGUCACCAGAUAUUUCUCCCCUUUUACCUUCUCCUGGUGGUGCUUUACCAACUCCUGCUGGCUCUGACAUUCCUAUUAUUCCUUCCAAUCCAAGCCCUCCUAACCCAGAUGAUGUCAUUGCCUCAGGACCCUUUAAUGCAUUUGCACCAUAUGGAUCAAUUCAAGCUACUUCCAAUGGCCAUAAAAGUGUAGUUUUUGACAUAUUUACUACUGGUUUUACAGGUUUAGUAGCAUACUUUUCUUUGCAGUAUAUGAGAUUAUGAAUGAGUGGAUGAUUUGAGAUGUGGCAUAUUCCAAUUACUGUAAACUAGAUUAUUCAAUUUCUUGUUUGUUAAUUUUUCAUUCUUAAUUACCUUGUAGUGUAUUAUAUUAUAAUGAAAGUCAUUUUCUUUCUCAA